AUGACUAUUCGUCUCCUCGAAUCUGAGCUGGUUAGUGAGCUCCGACAAAUGUGUCUUAACGCCAAGGCACUCGAUCCAGAGGUGCUUUUUACCAUAUAUCAAAAGAUCCAACAAGCACAGAACGACCUUGGAAAUGCCGAAGAAGAGUAUGAUCAAGUAGAGCGAGCCUACGAUACCGCUGAAUGGAAGCUCGCUGACCGCCAAGGCGAUUUCAUUGCAACCCUAACGGAAGACCUCUUGGAUAUAAAUCUUGAGGCUCUGUUUCCGAACACAGACCUGCAAUUACAGCUUGGCUCCGACGCGGAAAUGUCUCCUGGACUUCAAAACGGAAAUCAUGCAUUACCACUUUCUCCGGCAGAAAUGGAACAGCUCACUCUCAAGCAGAAUGGCUUUGAUUUCAAACAACCCCAACAAUUCGAAGAUAAGCAUGUUCAAGACCCUCUCGACGAUGAAGACUUCUCUGAAUCCGAGAUGACAGAGUCAGAGAAAGAAAUUCUGGUAGGACCAAGAUUCUCCUAUGACGACGAAGUGGAAACAGUAUUCCCACCUACUGAGUUCGAUACAAUGACAUUUCCUGGUGGCCGCCAAUUUUCCAAUCCGUAUCUGCCCCUACCAGUUACAGAGACAGAGCUUCCUCGCGCGAAGAGCGAAAGCGGCCUGGAGCAGCUAUUGCCACUGAUCCCAGAUGUACGGGCACGCAUCAGCAAGUGGAUCUUCGAUACACUGAGGGCAUCUGAUAUCCAAAAGGCUAUCGCAAAAUCACAGCUGGAAAAUCAAGAUAUUUGUAGCAAGACAUGGUGGAAAUUGGUCAAACGAUACUGGAUUGAUCCCUCUGAGGCCGGCUGUGAUACGGAAUUCAUCGUCAUUACGCCUCCAGUCUUAGAUGAUGUGCAAGGCUCAGUGGGCUCUCCGGGCGUAUACUCUCAGGAUCUGAAAACAUCACGCUGGAAUAUCAGAAUUUAAUUCUUUAUCGUCACUCUCUUGGUAUACGCGCUCUUUCAAUUUCCAAGCUAAGUUUCACAAAAUAUGGAAGGUAAUUCCACAGAUUUGAUACUUGAUCAUAUUACCUUAUAUACUAUACUGCCCAAUCUCGGUUUUCUCAGGGAUGCUCCCC